AUGGCGAACUACAAGCUGAAUGUGUUGACAUCCAUUGAAUGUGCUGCGUUCCUAAUGGGUUUUCGUGACUUGAUUCCGGAGUCACGGAUUCAAAUGUUUGCUCCAGCCGAGGUGCAGAUGCUCAUUGGCGGCACUGCCACGAACAUCGACGUUGAUGACUGGGAGCGGCAUACUCAAUACGGAGGUGGCUAUCACCCGUCCCAAAAAGUUAUCCAAUGGUUUUGGGAAAUCGUGAAGGAGAAUUUCACGCAUGAAGACCGUGCAGCACCACUCAAAUUUAACCCGAGUUGUUCCCGUCAACCUCUGCUUGGCUUUUCAAAAUUGGUGCCCCAGAUCGGUAUCCACCAAGUGCGCGUAGAAUACGACGAGCGACUGCCAUCGAGCGCAACGUGCGUGAAUCUACUCAAGCUACCAGCUUACUCCAAUAAGAAGUCGAUGCGCAAAGAAGCUGGUGUAUGCUAUUCGAUCCAAUGCAGGCUUCGACCUCUCUAA